AGAUCGCCCGCCGGGACCAUCUUAUUGGUAGGCACCACUAUGGUCAUGGCUAUGGCGGUAGAUAUCAUAGAGGUUCCUGGUCCGUAGCCACCAGUCCGGCACGUUCGCCCUCGCCCAGUCGCUUGGAUACGCAGAUCAGUGCCCACCAUCGGUGCAAUCGUAGAAUACAUCCGUACGGUACGACUAGUCUCGGUCAGCGCUCACGGUCCCCGAGUCCGGCACGGCUGCAGGAGUGGAGAGAACGGGAACGUGACCGGUAUCGCGAAGAAAUCGUGUCUCGCCCGUACAUCCAGCACACGUACCCAGUAUUACAAUCACACAGAGACUUCGGACGCCGACUGCCGCCCAGACCAAUCAAGCCGACGACGCUGCAGCUCAAGUCCACCAACAUCAACUUUCCGCAGCUCAACACGAGUCCUACUCAUCAAAAUCUACAUCUGGCACUAAACACACACACCCUGCCGUACAGUGUUCAUUCGUUGCCGGGGUCGCGCGGUGAUAUACCGCGCGAUCCUCGCAUCUACCAUCACACCGAGAGCGAGCGGGACCGUGAGCGGGAAAGGCUGCGGGAGCGGGAGCGGGACUAUGGAUCGCGGUACGUGUUCCGUGACACCGAGCGGGAGCUGUUCGAGAUCGAGCGUGAGCUAGAGCGGGCACGUGAUUCUGCGCGGGACACUGAGUACGAGCGUGUCGAACCAUUGUCCUACGAGCAUCUGUACACGUUGGGCCGCACCGGGGGCAGCUCGUUCGGUUCGUCCGCCCUGAACGGCUACAAGCCGAAGGUCGGCAUGCAUUCCAUCUACUCCGAGUCGGACGAGGGCGACUGGUGCUAGCACCGGUUAACCGACGACACAACGAAACCAAUGCAACUAUCCAACUCCACUGCCAAACCAGCAGCAAUGAACGAGCAUAUCCGUGCGGCACCGUUGGGCUGCCGUUGGGCUGCCGCAUUCCAAUCAACCGGCGUGGCCGCUCCUCCGCACCGGCACCACGCCCCAGCAACGGAGGUACACUUGCAGCGGAGCAUACCAGCACUGCUGGUGAACCUGCAAACGAUUGUGAUCAAAUUAAUCUCCGGUUAGGUUUUAGGAAGAAGUGCUGACUAGUUUGUAACGCUUAAGAUAACGCUGCUUGUGGCAAAAGGGCGGGCGGGUGUGAGAAAAUUAAGGAGGAAGGAGGGAAGCUAAAUCUACUAACUUGCCCACACAGCAAAUCUGUUCGCAAUCGCCAAGCAAGCGCAUUCAAACGAUAACGCAUCGAGUUCCAUCCAUUAGUACACAUUGUGAGCAACUUUGACUAGAUUAGUGUAGUACAGUGUCUGUCAUCAUCGAGGCGAACCUGUAGCCGUGAGGCCGCCAAACGAUCCAAACGAACCUGCGCGUGUAAUAUAGUAAACGGUUAAGCAAGCGAAAGCGAAAAUUGAAUCGUUUCCUCUCAUCCUCUCGCUUCGAACCUUUUCCUCUAAGCAAAACCGGAACAGAAAGCCCCAGAAUGAGAACUGAGUUCUAGGGUGCAAAAGCAAUAUGGCGAACGAUCGUGUGAGAGGGAAGGCAGAAAAAGAGAGUGACAGCGAGAGAUGAAGCAAUCUAGUUUUUAGCAUACUAACAGGCGUUUAACGUCUCGACUUUCGUGUUUUGUUGUGUUGAUGAUGGGGCAGACUUUAUCUACCAUCGUGGUUGAGUUUUUUAGCACAAUUUUCCAACCGACAGUUACAGAAGCGUUACUAUAGUUUAUAUGAACCGUUACGAGCUGUUAGUGAACGCGAGCGGAAAAUGGAAAUGGCAUUCUAGUGAUACAAUCUUCCCUGGCUAAGAUUGGGAGAUUGUGAACCGGCGUUUUACGGAGUUGAGUUUGUUUAGUUCCUCUUCCGCUUCCGAUUGCUUCCUGUAGCGAUUCUCUUGUUCAAGUGUUACGCGUUGUUUCUACAGUCGAAAGCGUGUAGUUGAUCAAGCGUCAAUCGUGCGUUUAGUUGAGCUGUUUUCUCUUUAUUAUCUUGGUGCGAUAGGAAGCAUUAAACACAAACACACAUCGGGCGGGUAGUUAAUGAUAGGAAUUGAAUAGAGUGAUCUUAAGCGUACGAUCAAUAUAAGCAACACGUAGCACGUUUAUAACCAUUGCUUGAAGGUUUUAUCUUCAUUUUUAGCCGAUUCUCUUCUAGGAAACAAAAUACAAUCAUAUCAAUCAUACCAUACGUUCAAUUUUAAAUGCCAACCGUUAGCACCGCGCUUGUUGUGGUGGUCGUCCUGUGCACGCGGGUCGGCGUUAUUUGUUUUUCGUGUAUAGAAUUGCGUUAGUAGUGAUCGCGUUACCCAUUCAUCCGUCACAUCACAUACCAGCGUUACCGGACGUUACUCGCUAAGUAGAUCUUCGCAUAAUCUUCGCACCGCGUAGCCAACCGAUAUUCCUUCGCACCGGCAACGGGAAUACGUUCGUUUAGCAAGCUUUAUUGCGUUCGGAUAGAUAGUUGAUAGAGUCUCGUUGCAAUGGCAGAGUUUAAAUAAAGCUUUAACAGAAAACAAACAAUGUUACGGUACGGUACGGUUUUUUGAAGAAUUGAUAGCGUUUAACCUGGCAAGCGGCCAUUUGUCGAUACAAUCAAAAAUCGAUUGCUUCAAUAAGACAACAAACAUAACAUGAGUGAAACCAUAUUUGCUAGUAUGAAUCGGUUAGAGCAAUAAAGAGAGAAACUUAGAUCGGCCCCCGUUUGGCGGACAGGAACUCAUUACUCCGCAGCGCACGAAAACCGAUGUUUACGUAGUAAUAAUAAAAUAUCGAAAUCAGACAGCAUAAAGAUACUUUUCGUUUUCCUUCGCCAGAUAUUGGAUAGUAGCGCCAAGAUACAAAAAAAGCAAGCAAAGGAAACUCCAGUUUUGAUGUUUGUUAUGUUGUAAUAUUAUGCAUACAGUUACGAUAGACAUCCGCCAGGAUUUCCCGAGGAACCGUGUUGACACCUUUGCACACAGCGGGGUUAUCUGGUUAUCCAUUUACUUUUCAAUAUAUUCACGAAUAGUAUUUCAUAUAAGAGCUGGGAACGGGGAUUAGUGAAAAAAGAACAUUAAGCAAUUAGCAAAACAAAGCACAAGAAACAGUCUAGUUUAAUGCAAAGACACGCAAAGCAAGUUAGCAACAUAAAACAACAAACAAACAAACCAACAAAAAAAAAACAACAAAAAACACAAAACAACAACUGGAAAAGUGAUAAGAUAACAUUUAGACAUUUAGCUAAAACCAACCAAUUUAGGGCGUAGGUUAACUUAAGCUAAUUCAAAUCGACCUCCAAACUUGCCGCAAUCUUAGGAGAUAAUAAGUCUAGAGAAGAAGCGCACACAUCACAUGUCUGUGUGUGUGUGUGUGUGUGUGUUUAAGUGAGCGUAAGAAUAUAACAGGAGAAGAAUAGAUAAAUAAUAAGCUCUCUCAGCAAAACAUACUUCAAAGCAUUAACAGCGAAUACCUUGCGCGAAAUAAAACACGUACAGCAACCACGAGAAGCAAACAAAAUGGACGAACGUUGAUGCAGAGAAGAAAAAAAUAUACUCACACACACUCAAACCUGAACUCAUGAUAAUAUUUAACGAUGCCAGAACAUAAUACGUUUACCAAAACUAACGCAAACAGCAACCAAUUGAAUUCUCACUAGCUAAACGAAAACCAAUUCCAAUUUCACCUUGCGCAACAAACGGAAAGCAAACCAAACAAAAAACACUACUAUUAUUAUUAUUAUGAUUAUGGCGACGAUUAGUGGCCAUAGAGAGCGCGAGAACGAAACUGUACAUACACACAUAGGCAAAUCGAGCUAUUGAAGUGGUAGUGAUUAGGUGGCGUAACGCCACGCGUAGCGAGACAAUGGGCAAACACGUUACACAUUUACGAAGAGAAAAAAAAGAUCGCAAACUAUUAGAAGUCAGGGGACACGGUCAGGGGACAGCAAAAGGAAAGUAUUGUACAAGGGGACAUUUUCCAACAGCACGCGUCACAUUUAUUAGUAAUCAGAAUCUUCGAUUCGCUAUCAUGGAUUGAGCUUGCGCAAAGUUAAAUAUGGCCGAAGCACGUGACAAGGAUGCCCGUUACCGAUUGGUGCGUUACAUUGACUUGCUGUACACCGAUUGCGUUUUACACCAAUUAAAUCCUAUUUGAUUUAAUUCGUAUUUAAACAACGUACGACCGGAUAUCAAGUGUCGGGGGUUCCGCAUUCUUACUGCCACACACGUGCGUCCAUAGGAAUGAAUCAUUUUCAGCCUCAAAGCCGACUCUUUUUCAAGUAUACACGUAACUGAUGGUUUUAAUCUCGCAACGAAUCGGUAUUCUAUCGGCGUCCUUGUUUAGCGCGCUUUGUCCUCCGUUUAGCGAUUGUGUUGCUUCUAGCGGCGUUCCACAAACAUUAGUACAUCCCGAGCGAUGCGCACAUUGCUCAAACGGUUACAAACAAAGGUUGGUGUGAAGUGGAGAGCAAAUCAUAAAUUGUGAUGUUCAAUGUUCGAAAGUUGUGGGAUAACCGAUAAGGCAACAGUGAACGGCCAUGAGCCAUGGAGAAGCCAUUUGCAUUGUUGGCGCGAACAAUAUUCAGUUAUUGCCAGUUGUAGUUUUUGCAAAGAUGGAACGAAAAACGUGGUGGUUCUUAAACGCGAUUCGGACGCAUUCACUGCAUUUGUACAUUUUUUCACUAUUUUAUAUUUAGCAAUAUUUCUGAAAAGGAACAACAACAAAAUCAACAAAAAAAAAACAAAGAAACAAAGAAAAACAACCCGUCGGAGGGGAAGAAAACGUUACGGAAUAAUAAAAAAUCAA